UUCCAAAAUCCAAACCCUAAGCUAGUUGAUAGUCAGAUUCCGUUAAAGAAUUUAUGGCAUAUAUUUUUUUUUAUAAAAUAAAAGGAAAAAGGAGAGGCGGAGGGCUGAUUGGGCCCAGAUUCCAGAAAAAAGGCGUGGCCCACGAACCCACCAAAAACACCACAGCCCACGGACAACCGUGGGUGAAGUGAGCUGAACCAUAUCCGAUUCCAUCGUCAUGUGGGCCCAUUUUAAUUUAAUUUCCCUUUUAUUAUCUUCCCCCCUUCCUUUGAAUGGUCGGUGGUGGCCCUUUGUCAGAGUGACUGACUCGUAAAUUUCCCAGCGUUGACCGUCAACCCUACGCGCUCUCUCUCUCUCUCUUCAUCUCCGCCACCCACCACCUGUCAGCUCCUCAUUGGACCUCCCUCGCCUAUCAAACCCUCCCUCUCUUUCCACGCCUUUUUAUUAACCGCCUCCUCGAGCUUCUUGUUCUCUCCCCGCAUUUCUUUUUCACUUUCCUUCUCCGUCGUCUUCGUUCCGCAUCCAUCUUCCCUUCCGCCCCCGCUCCUACUGGUAAGCCCUAGCUUCUUAACGAAUCCCUCAAGGUCAUUUGUCUGGUGAUUGAUUAUAGUUCAUUUUCUUGUGUGUGUCGGAUCUCGAUUCCUUGAUUUCCCCUCCCGAGAUCUGUAGUUUUUCUUAUCAUCGUGUGACUGGCCGAGUGUUCCUUUCCGCUGCUUGAUUACGGCUGGUAAAGGUUCCGUCGUUUUAAUGGCUGUGUUGAUCUUCUUUGUCUCGCGGGAUCUGAUUGCUUGCUGUUGAGUUGUUUUUUGGUUGUGGGGACUGGGUAGGCGUUGACUUGGUCUUUUCCUGAAUUUUGAUUCUUGAUCUGUUAGAUUGGGGUUGGGAGAAGAUAAUAGUACCAAGGGUAGAACGUAAUUGUUGAUGCCAGAUUGGGGGUUUCUGAUGAUCCUGAAAUUGCAUCUUACAAUGCUGUGGUUGCUUCCCCUGGUUGGUUGUGUGCCUUUGCUUGCAACUGUUUGGAGUCACUAUAAUGGCUGAUUGGGAGUAGUGGUGGGUUUCAUGACUCAUGUGUUUAUGCGAAAGGGGCAAGAACAAGUUGCUUUAUAAAUUGUCUUUUCCAUUGAUUGCUGUGAUUGAUGGAAAUGUGUGUUAUUUAGUGCAUCAAAAGCAUUAGGCAGCAUAGUUUCGAAUUUCGAUAAAUCGGGUAAGAAAUAAGCACCAGGGGAGGUGUAAAGAUACCCCCUCUUGCUGCUUGGUGUGGCUUUGUCAGGUCAGGUUUUUCAAUUUGUGUAGGGUAAAGCAGAAUGGAUGUGGUGUGUCCUAAUGUUUUGUGUGUUUCUGUGUUGUUAAGCGAUAGAUGUUUUGGAUUUAAUCGUUAUAUAUAUUAGACGGGAUCUUGGAAUCGGUUACUGUCUCAUUCUUCUUAAUGGUGCUUGUUUGUAAUCAUUUGGGCAGGUUUUACUUUUUAGAUUAAGAGAAGAUGUCAGGUGAAGCAUCCCGCGAGGAGAAUGUCUACAUGGCCAAGUUGGCCGAGCAGGCUGAACGCUAUGAGGAAAUGGUGGAGUUCAUGGAGAAAGUUGCAAAGACAGUUGAUGUUGAGGAGCUGACUGUGGAGGAAAGGAACUUGCUUUCUGUGGCUUAUAAGAAUGUGAUUGGGGCAAGAAGAGCUUCAUGGAGGAUCAUUUCUUCAAUUGAGCAGAAAGAAGAGAGCAGGGGAAACGAGGACCACGUGUCUAUUAUCAAGGAUUACAGGUCCAAGAUUGAAACCGAGUUGAGCAAGAUCUGUGAUGGCAUCCUGAACCUUCUUGAGACGCAUCUCAUUCCCUCUGCCUCAGCUGCCGAGUCUAAGGUGUUUUACCUCAAAAUGAAGGGUGAUUACCACAGGUAUCUUGCUGAGUUUAAGACUGGUGCUGAGAGAAAGGAAGCCGCAGAGAGCACCCUGGUGGCUUAUAAGUCUGCACAGGAUAUUGCACUUGCUGAUUUGGCUCCUACCCACCCGAUCCGUCUGGGACUGGCACUGAACUUCUCUGUUUUCUACUAUGAGAUCCUUAACUCACCUGAUCGUGCCUGCAACCUUGCCAAACAGGCUUUUGAUGAGGCCAUCUCUGAGCUGGACACAUUAGGUGAAGAGUCAUACAAGGACAGCACUUUGAUCAUGCAACUUCUCCGUGACAACUUGACACUGUGGACUUCUGAUAUCACGGACGAUGCUGGGGAUGAGAUCAAGGAAGCAUCAACGAAGCGUGAAUCGGGAGAAGGGCAGCAAUAGUCCCUUUCAUUCCUAGGAUGAUGAUGUGUCUACUCUCUUCUCUGUGCUAUUAUCGUUUGAUGUCGUACCGCGAAUUCCAUGAUAUGGGGGUACUGUAGUAUCUGAUCUGAUGAUAUGAAUUCAAUCUAUGCUUUGCUUCCUCUAGUGUGGCCAGCCGGCACUUAGGGUUUCAAUCUCAAAUUUAUUGUCAAAAGCUUCUGGUAGUCGGGUUGAGAUAGCGUGGAUGAUGUCAGCUUUUUAAUGGUAUGCAUUUGAUCUUCUUUACCCUUCUUCCACUUUUGAGGUUGAAUUCAAUUCGACAGCUGAAGUUUGAUGGUGUAUGAAUAAAGUAUUAUCUUCCUUCGGAAAGAGGCUGAUAGACUGUCAUGGUUGCUGAUAUAACAGGGACAAAAUCCCCAGUCACGUCCCAUAGGUAGCGACGUGUUUUAGGAACAAAUUUAGGUACAAAACUUAACAGCAGGCCUAGAAAAGACCGAACAUAGAACUGCACAACCUAUUUAAAACCAAACCAAAUCGUGUAGUUCGGUUCCAAGGCCAAUCUUAUCCUUGCCAUGAUUCCAAUGCUUGGGGCCAAAAUCAGAUGACUUUGGCAUGUAAGGCAAAUGUGAUCUGUGAUGUAUAUUAGUCUGUCUAGUGAUGAACCUUUUUUGUUUUGUUUUGUGAUGGAAGGCAAUGAUUUGUGUUGUUAUACUUAUCUAAUGCCAAUUGGUCUGACCUGUGAUGUAAAUUCUGUUUUGGUAUGUUGUAAGUAGGAUUAAUCAGUUAUCUAACACCGAUAAUCAAUUAUAAUUAUAAGU